ACUGUGAAAUCUACAUAUUGUCCAGAAGUAGGUUAUUGUUUAAAUAUGCUCCAGAUAUUUUAGGGAGGGAGACGCUGACCUGUAAUAGUGUGUUAAUAGAGUAAAUAGAGACGGGCGUCUUUUCAUUUGCAGAGCGUUUUCCCACAACUCCGCUCCGAGUCGCUGCCGCAGAGCUCCGGAAGAGAGACACACAGAGAGAGAGAGGCGCUUUAUUGACAAUAUGGCGAGGAGUGAAAGGGGGCUUUUUCGGCUUUGACAGCGCCCUAAAUCCCGGCGGAGCUGGUUACUGCGUGUCCUGUCUGCAGCGGGGGUUAUGGAUGAAGGGAGCCGGGGGUGUGCGGGAUGCCGUGGCUAAGCUGAGAGUUGGCAGCGAUAAAAACCAUGGCGUUUUUCAGGCGGAAAGCUAAAGGAAAAGAAUUGGAGAGAGCAGUAGAUGCUAAAGCAGGCAGAGCUCCAGUCUCCCCCAACUCCCCCUCCCGGAAUCACCAUGCCAUCUUGGAGGCGGCUGGUCCCAGCCAUGUGGCCAUUAGUGCCAUAUCGGCCAACAUGGACUCAUUUGCCCGUGGCCGCACAGCAAUCCUCAAGAAGCAGCCGAGUCACAUGGAGGCAGCACACUUUGGAGACCUGGGGCGCUCCAGCGUGAACUACCAGGCACAGGAGACACGAUCUCGACUCUCAAAGACUGUGGAGCAGAUCCUACGCGAUGGCCUAGCUCUGCCCUACUACCUGCAGUUCAUGGAAACGCGCUCGGCAGAACACUUGGUGCGCUUCUGGUUGGAGGCUGAGAGUUUUCGCUCCACCAGCUGGUCCAGGGUCCGUGCACACAGCCUCAACUCGGUAAAGCACAGUUCCCUAGCCGAGCCCGCGUCGGCUCUGGGUUCUCCUGGCUCCCCGGACUCACCCUCAGCCCACUCUGGGUCUCCCAGCGUGGAUGGAGGAGAACCGGAGGACCCUUUCCCCUCCCGGAUCCCCCCCAGCCCCCAGGACACUAACUCUAAUGGUGGGGCCGGGGCUGGGUAUCGAAACACUGAUUAUUACGAGGGGUCUUCAAGGCCCGGAACACCACAACAACUUUCGAGUCGAGCUGAGACACCUAGCCGACUGUCCUCGACCUCCUCCAGGACCGGAACACCCGUUAAAGGACCGACCACCAGCGCACUCCGAGAGCUGUCAGACAAGCUUAUGAAAAGUAUAGAGAGGGAUGCAGUCAACAUUUUUACUAAGUACAUAUCUCCAGAUGCUGCUAGGCCUAUUCCUAUUACUGAGCAAAUACGCAAUGACAUUGUUGCUAAAAUCUGCGGCGAGGAUGGUCAGGUGGACCCAAACUGCUUCGUCAUUGCCCAGUCAGUAGUGUUCGCCAUCAUGGAGCAACAGCACUUUAUCGAGUUCUUGCGGAGCCAUUAUUUCUGUAAGUACCAGAUCGAGGUGCUGACUAGCGGCUCUGUGUUCCUGGCGGACAUCCUCUUCUGUGAGUCAGCCCUGUUUUAUUUCUCUGAGUACAUGGAAAAGGAAGAUGCAGUGAACAUACUACAGUUUUGGCUGGCUGCGGAUAACUUCCAGGUUCAGCUGGCUGCUAAGAAAGGCCAGUAUGACGGACAAGAGGCACAGAAUGAUGCCAUGAUUCUUUAUGACAAAUAUUUUUCACUCCAAGCAACAAAUCCUCUGGGCUUUGGCGACUCGGUUCGGAUGGAGAUUGAGUCAAAUAUCUGCCGUGAGGGAGGUCCUCUUCCAGACUGCUUUACCACUCCACUGCGCCAGGCCUGGACCACCAUGGAGAAGGUGUAUAUGCCCGGCUUCCUGUCAAGCAACUUGUACUACAAGUACCUGAGUGACCUUAUCAAUUCGGUGAGAGCAGAUGAGUUUGUUGGCGGAAACUCCACCAUUUUGGGUCAGAGCAUUACACCGGACGGCGACCGUGGCUCAACCGCAUCGGAAGGGUCACAGGCUCAGGGUACCAAAAAGGCAGCCAUCAAAAUCCUGAAGAACUUUGAUGAGGCAAUAACAGUCGACAUUGCAAGUCUGGACCCCGAGUCUCUGUACCAGAGGCCAUAUGCUGGAAGAAUGACUUUUGGUAAAGUCAAUGAGCUGGGCCAAUUUAUCAGGGAGGCUGAGCCAGAACCGGACGUCAAGAAAUCCAAGGGUUCCAUGUUUUCUCAAGCAAUGAAGAAAUGGGUGCAAGGGAACUCUGAUGAGGCUCAGGAGGAAAUGGCCUGGAAGAUUGCUAAAAUGAUCGUCAAUGACGUCAUGCAGCAAGGACAUGAAAGCCCAGUAGCAAAGUCCACCAAGCUAUGACCCUGUGGUCCUGAGGAAGAAGCUUUAAGCGUCUCUGCUGCUGCUCUCAGCAUUAUAGAGCCAGAUGUUAUGUCACCUACAGAGAAACUGCACACUGCAUUUAUUCAACAGCGAUUUUGAAUGAAGCUAGAACAAGGCAUUCCUGCAUAUCCUUGACCUCCAUAUCACAAGGGUGCGUGUCUGUGUGCGUGUCUGUGUGCGUGUGCGUGUCUGUGUGCGUGUCUGUGUGCGUGUGCAUGUCUGUGUGCGUGUCUGUGUGCGUGUCUGUGUGCGUGUCUGUGUGCGUGUGCGUGUCUGUGUGCAUGUCUGUGUGCGUGUCUGUGUGCGUGUCUGUGUGCGUGUCUGUGUGCGUGUGCGUGUCUGUGUGCGUGUCUGUGUACGUGUCUGUGUAUGUCUGAGUGAGAGAGGUGUGUGUAUAUGCACUUGAGCCAUAUCUGGGCUCACAAGACCCACACUUCCAUUUCAAGCAUUAUGAAGGCUUUUUGUCAAAUGAAGAGGAGCCUAAAUGAAUGAUGAGCUAAAGAUGAGUAAACAGUUUAAUGAAAUCCAGAUGCAAAAGAGCUGCAGACUUCAAGAACAAAAAAAUUCCCACAGGGAGAGUGCAUCAGCCACGAUUUGUUAUUCUCUAGAACUGCAACUGGACCACUGCUGUUACCGUGUUGACCAAGGGGAAGCUCACAGAGACCUGAACAAAGUCCUUUUGGUCGAUAGAAGUCAUAUAAACCCCAGGUUACUCCAGUCAGUCAACCCUAUGGUUCUUUCUUUUCCUUAUUCUCCGUUUUCUCCCUCUCUUAUUCUCCCUCUUUUCAUUCACCACUUUUUUAAAUGAGACUGGUUGUGGUGGGGAGCAUCUUUUUCUUAUUUUUAUAGUUCAGAGAUUGACCCAUGGUGGCUAUGUAGAGUUUUAUUUGCAGGCAUAUUCAUUCUGACAUGGCAAAUCGAUUGGUUGCCUGAAACAUGGAUACGCCUUCAUGCUUUUUUAUCCCCGAGCUGAACAGAAUGGACUGAUAUAUUGUUACAGUUUAAACUGAAGGGAACAGUCACUAACAACUGGUUGGUUGGUCCUGGAGGGUUCUAUUCACCCUCCUCUUCUCCUCUCUGGUAGCAGGAACUCCCUUAAGCACUGAAUCCAGAAUCAGACUGUAGUCACACUCCACCUGGACGUAAGUGCUAGUGCAAUGUUAUACCACCCCUCCCAGCCUCCAGACUAUAAAAAUGUAGAUUUCUGGUUAUCCCCAUAUAUCAGUGUAACUUCUUUUUAUGGUGAUUGUCUCUCUUUUUUUGGUUUGUUUUUGUUUACUUUCAUUUAUUUUUGUAUGAGAUGUCAAAUCUGUGUCAAAGCGAAUUUCAGUGAUGCCUGUUCAAUUGGAAACGUGUAUUCUGUGAACAUGCUAGCAAUGAUACUGCUUUGGACCUCAUUGAGAUGUGGACAAGAACCAGAAAAAAUUAGAGUUUUGGUACUAUGUACCACUAAUAUGUUUUCUGACAUGUAUGUGUACUUAAUCUAUAAUAUAUUUAAAUUGUGUUUGAUUUAAAUACAUAUAUUAUUGAAAAGUG